GGGAUAGAUUUAAACUAAAAGAGAAAAUAGAAGAGCGACUAGAUGUCCACAAUUAUUGCAGCUUUAAGUUAAUCAGGCUGAUCUUGUACGUUGUUUUGUUUGUCGUGUUCCUAGCAAGCCUGGUGACUCAGAAGUUAAGCCUUGCUAUUGCAUCUACAAAAUUACCAACAGAACGACAACAGAAUGAGGACAAAGUAUCGAACUCUUUACAACCAUUCACAGUAAUAAAAAAACGCAUACAUGUUGUUAAACAUAAAAAAACACAUGCAUGAUUUACAUGUAUACAUUUUUAAAAUAUAUUUCCUUUAGAAUAUAUAAAACAAUGAAAUCUUGAUCCAGGUGUUUUCUUUUUAUCAAUAGAUACAUUCAUCAGGAGCGACCAUCCAUAGCUUGUUACUUUUGACUGCAAUGUGUAUUCCGUACGUUUUAAAUUUCUUAUCGAGCUGCUGGAAGGUUCAUUUUGGAAGUUCAAAACGACCGUCCAUUUCCAGUAUUGUUGUGUGCGUUGUACUGGCUGUUUGUCAGUCUGUUGGACUUUGCCUCCUCGUGUUUCAUUUGCUGCCAAAUGUAGGACCAAUUCAAGGACUUCUGGUGUUGAGUGCAACAGGGAUUAUCCCAAGUCUUCUAAAAUUGCCUCACACUCUCAAAAAAAGCAAUUUGCAUCAACAAAUUACAAACAAAAAACGUAAUUCGCUACCAAAAAAGAUCUUCAUUUUUUCGGUGGAUAUUCUAGCACUUCUUUUGCAGAUGUCAGUCGGAGCAUUGAUUUUCAUUCCGGACGUGAAGUUCUUUUGUCGAAUAUCAACACUCCAUGGGAACAAAGUGCAUACCCCUAACGGUGAUAUAAUCACAGAAUGCAUCAAUGGUUUUGGGUCAUGUUUCAUGGCAUUAUUUGCUAUAUUCUUAGCAUCAUUUGCAUGGUGGGAAAACUUUCUUGAAAGUUUAAAAGAAAAGAAAAAUUGUGACCAUAUACGAUUGAAAGGACUCAUUUCAGACAUCCAAGCUGACCUAAACAAAAACCGUGCAUACAUUAAUAUAUUUGUAUCUUUGUUCAAAAUUCUAACGUCAUUUGUUCUUACAAGUUUUCUUGCAAAAUGCAAACUAUAUGAUCCAGAGACAUGGACGGAAUUAGCAGAACAGAGUUUUCAUGAUGUUUUAGAUAUAAUACUCUUAGUCUUAUCUAGUAUUGUUUGUUACUGUAUAGCAUGUCUUGCUUGUAAAUUACAAAUGCAAAUAUUUUCAUUUGCUAUUCCAUGUCUGCUCUCUACACCAAUAGCAUCGGGCAUAAUGGCUUAUUUAUGUUUAAGAAGAGAGGAUUUUUUGUCGAAGAAUUUUAAUUUUGACUGUGAUUCUGAUUGUGACGUCAAUUAUUUAAAGUCCAACUACUACCUUGUUCCGGCCUCUUUAUGGAUCCUGUCACUGUAUUGGACUGCUGGACACAUAUGGUUUCCAAAGCAGAAGAGGAUAGCAACAAUCGAAAGCUUAUUUGUUAAUCCUUUUUACUGUGGAAUACUGUUAGAACAGGACUUGGUUCUGAAUAGAAAACGUGAUCAAGACAAAGUUCAAACACAAGAGGAUAAGAAAAAGUUUGACAAAGAUAAUAUACCUAUGGUUUACGCAUGCGCAACAAUGUGGCACGAAUCACGAAUGGAAAUGAAACAACUGUUGAAGUCCCUAUUUAGAGUGGAUAAAGAUCAAGCUGAACGAGAAAAUCAAUAUCCGGACGAUUUUUAUCGAUUUGAAGUUCAUAUAUUUUUUGAUGACGCAUAUAAAGAUAACGGAUGUGUUAACGAAUUCGUUACAGAAUUAAACUCUGUCAUAGACGAAGCUACAAGUAAGCGCAAUUCUGAGCGAAUUGAUCUGGAAGGGCCAUAUAAAUUCCCAACAUGUUAUGGAGAGCAAAAAGUCUACAAAAUGCAUGAAGGAAACUUCAUGUUUAUUCAUUUGAAAGAUAAAACUAAAAUACGACGUAAAAAGAGAUGGUCACAGGUCAUGUAUAUGUACUACUUGCUGGGAUAUAGACUUCAAAUGGAGAGAGAAUACAUGCAGAAAAAAGACAACAACGUUGACAUCGAUGAUCUUUUUAAAAUGAAGGCUGAGAAUACCUUUAUUCUUGCACUGGACGGUGAUGUGGAUUUCACACCUGGUGCUGUCAGAAUUCUCAUCGAUAGAAUGAAAAAAGACAAAACUGUUGGGGCAGCCUGUGGACGAAUACACUCUAUUGGAAACGGGCCAAUUGUGUGGUAUCAAAAAUUUGAAUAUGCAAUUGCCCAUUGGCUACAAAAAGCUACUGAACACGUCCUGGGGUGUGUGUUGUGUUCUCCAGGAUGUUUCAGUCUUUUCCGAGGAUCUGCUUUAAUGGAUGACAAUGUAAUGGGAAAGUAUGUUCAGGUUCCCACAAAUGCAACUGAAGUCCUGAUGUACGACUUAGGUGAGGACCGCUGGCUGUGCACACUUCUGUUACAGCAAGGAUUCAGGGUUGAUUACGCUGCAGGGGCAGAUGCAUUUACAAACGCUCCUGAAGGAUUCAAUGAAUUUUUUCAACAAAGAAAGCGCUGGGGUCCGUCAACGCUUGCAAAUAUCAUGGCACUUCUACAAAACUGGGAGAAAGUUGUAAAAGAAAAUCCAAAUAUAAGCUGGCUGUACAUUAUAUAUUUAGGUUCUUUAAUGGUUUCAACUAUCAUAGGGCCAUCAACAAUUCUGAUGCUCAUCGCCGGAGCUUUCGUAACGGUAUUUGAUUUAAGCAUUGUGAAUGCAUAUAUUGCCUCCGUUAUUCCGGGAGUUCUGUUCUUUGUCAUAUGCCUUGUGUGUACAACAAAGGUGCAGCUAAUCGUAGCCCAAGUUCUCAGUGGAUUUUAUGUCAUAAUUAUGAUGGUGGUAAUGGUUGGACUUCUCAUUACUGCACUAACUCAGUCACCUUACCAUCCGAGUGUGAUAUUUUUACUUGGGCUUGUCCUUAUAUUUGUCGUUGCGGCGGUGUUGCAUCCUCGAGAAUGGUUUAAUAUCUUAUACGGAUUCCUAUAUUUCGUAUCCAUUCCAAGUGGAUUUUUAGUACAGGUUAUUUACUCGCUGUGUAAUCUAAAUGACGUGUCAUGGGGAACAAGAGAAAAUUCAACACCAGGAAAAGAAAAAAUCAAAGAAAAUGGAGUGUUGUCAAAUAUAUUUUCCCCCGUUUCAAAGCUAGUAAACAACAGUUUUCGACGAGAUAGUUCCGACAAAGAAAAACUCUUUUUAAAUCUUCUACAAGAGACAAUAAGCAUGCUUGGUCAUAAAAAUCAAAGUGCAGAUAGUGUGUCCAAAUGUGACUUGCCAUCUGGUGAUGUAGCUGAUCAACCACCCAAGGAUGAGAACAGCACCCACGAAAAAGACGCUCAAACUACACCUAAGGCUAAUAAUUCUAAAUGUUGGAUAGACGAAGGCCCAUUCCAAGGGGAAAAACUAACUAUGAAUGAAAAUGAAAGCAAGUUUUGGCAGGAUCUCGUCGAAAGAUACUUAGAUCCUAAAGAUGUAAAGAUGAAAAAAGACUUAACAGGAGAAUUAAAGGAACUCCGUAACAAUGUAUGCAGUGGUAUGGCCCUUGUGAAUAUCUUGUGGAUAACCGUCAACUUCAUGUUCCAGUUCAGAAGCCCAACUGUAGUAACUUUUCAACUUCCGAUAGAAGAUAAUGGAGACGAACAUGGCAUCUAUGAGAUGAAAAUCGAGAUGUUGGGGCUGUUGUUUAUCAUAUUUUUUCUUGUUCUUCUUUUAAUCCAGUUCUGUGGCAUGGUCAUGCACAGGUAA